GGGCGUGUGAUGUUUCUUGGUCGUGUAGGCAAGGUGUUCGACGAUAUGCAUAUGCCUCCGAGGUGAAUGCUUGCGGUUGUUUUGGUAAUAAUGGGGGAUUGCCUCAGUCAAAAUCAUAUAGUAUGCCUCUGAGGUGAAUGCUUGCGACUAGCGAGCGGGCGAGCGGCUGGAGCUGGCGGCGGCGGCGGCCUGUGCCCAUCUCUCUGUCUCUCAGACUCUCAAUCUCUCGGGUCCCUAGUCCCUAGACCGGACCGGCGGGCGGCGGCACCUCUGUGCCUGGAGGCCGGCAUGGUCAGGCGGCGGCUCCUGCAGGCUGCAGUCCUAGUUCGCCUGCAAGGCUGCAAGCACACGAGCAGGAGCACAAGCACGGUAUUCAACUUAACAGGUCGCGGCAGUAGGCAAGGAUCGAGAUGAAGUUCAGAGUUGUCUGCAGGAAGCUGUACGACUACGUGCGCUACGACCUCAAGGAGAUCGCCUUCCCGUCGUCGCUGCCGGACCCUCCUCACAUCAAGAAGCGGCCCAAGCUCACGUGGCACGACCGCUGGUGCAUCUUCAAGGAGGCCACCCGGCUGUACGGCGCGUCCUGGGUCAGGGACAUCGGCCCCGACCUCAGGCCCAACGACUACAAGAAGGCUGCCGAAGAUGACGAGGAGCUGCUCAAUGGCAGGCCUGGCUCUGACAAUGGCAAGAAGGGGAAGAGCAGCGAGCCCAGCGUGCUGGAGGACCUCGCGGUGGCAGCGAGGGGCGGCGCGGAGAUGCUGAAGCCCGCGCUGAGGCGCAUUUACAUGGCCCGCGCCUCGACGUACACGGACGCGAUGAAGAAUUUCGUGGAGACAUACCAGGAGGGGCUCAAGGACGAGCUGCAGGAGAAGGCUGCUGAUGGGGAUGGUGGCCGUCAGCAACCGCAGCAGUGCGACGAGGCAACAAAGAAACCGCCGCCGCCGCCGCCUUCAUCAUGAUCAUCAGCAGCAGCUUAUCUCAGCAGAUGAUCGAUGCCAUCACAAGUUCUGUUUACAGGUAGCUCAUCCCUUGAAUUUGUUGUGUGAUCCACAGGUCAUGCCACAUGCGGCCAUAAUAAUUAUCACUUGAGCAAGGAUCUGUCCGGUUUCAGCUGGCUUAUCAUGUGAUCUAAUUCUGCAAAUCUAGGUGAUGCGAACUAUUACACGCAUGCGAGUGAGCGCUGGCUUUACUGUUGCUGGCAAUAACAUAUGUAUGUGAUCACGAUUGCCACUGCUCGUUUCUGUUUGCUGAUUGAAAUGCGUUUGGUUGUGCAGUUUGUGUUU